UGCGCUUAGAACACUGAAUCUCCAGCACUGAAGACACGACCAAGUCGGCUCCACAAUGAGCAACAUUAAAUUUGCGCUGCCCAAAUCUGACGACGAAACUAAACCUCCUCAGAAACAAGCUGAAUCCACUCCUGCUACUGAUGCUAAAGCCUCGGAAAAGGGAGCGCCAUCUAGUCCAACAGCAGCAGCUCCCAGCACUGCGGUACCGCCAACCGGUAGCAGUAAUCCCCCGCCUCCAGUUUGCGACCCUUCAGCUCCAUUCUGCAGCAUUGCUCCCUCAACCAGCGACACUGAACCUACGGCGACUUCCGUUUCGACGACGAUCCGACUAACUACCUCUUCAGCUCCAGCUAGCCGUGCACCGUCUGUAGAGUCUGCAGCCUUUGCCCCGCGCACCGCCGUUCCUGCUGUUAAACCUCCCUCUAUAGAGUCUGGAUCCUUUGUCCCGCUCUCCAGCAUUCCCGCUGACAAACCUCUUUUGGGCUACUGGAACAUCCGAGGCCUCGCCGAGCCCGUUCGAUAUAUCCUCAGGUACAAAGGGGUCGAUUUCGAGGACAGACGCUACAACUUUGGACCACCUCCUGCGUACGAUUUCAGCGAGUGGGCAGACAACAAGGCUGCCCUGAACCUCAGCUUUCCGGGCCUGCCCUAUUAUAUUGAAGGAGACGUCAAGCUCACUCAAAGCCUGGCUAUUAUGCGGUACCUGGCAAGAAAGCACGGCUUAGAUGCAGCGAACGAAGUACAGAAACGGGAAUUGGAUCUAAUGGAACAGCAGGUAUGUGAACUGCGCUGGGGCCUCGGACGCGUCAUCUUCAGCCUCGACUUCGACCUGUCCCAGAAGAAAUACAUGGCCCUCCUGCCACAGACGUUGGAACCCUACGCCAAAUACUUCACCGACAAGAAAUGGGUCCUGGGCGAGCGGAUUUCUUACGUGGACUUCAUGAUGUACGAGACGCUGGACUGGAUCCGGAUCUUCUCCGAGAACGGCUUCAGGGACAUGGCACCGUUAAUCGCCUACUGCGAUCGCUUCGAGACCCUGCCUACCAUCCGAGGCUACAGGUCUUCCAACGGCUUCGUCAAUUGGCCCAUUUUUGGACCGCUCGCUAAGUGGGGAUUUAGGAAGAAGAACAGGGAAGAGAUUAGGUUCACCAAGUGACUGCGGGGAAAGGAAAGGGGCACAUACGUGCGCGUUUGUUGGAGUCUCUAUAAUAGGACAUUAUAAUUGGAUUACAUCGACGACAACACAAGAUGUGGUAAAUUAUUAAAAAUGCCUAUAUAAUUGA